GGCGAAGGUGCCAGCCAGCCGACUGUCGGGACGCGGUUACCGCAAGUCAGAUUCACGGCUGCGCCGGCAAUACAGUGGGAUCCGCCACCGCCAUUUGAUGCUGGAACAAAUUUGUCAUUAUUGCAGGCGAAUAUGCAAAGAUUCCUGCGUCAAGUGCCGACAGAAGAACCGACCCUCUGUAUCUUAGAUCGAUUAAGUAAUCAGAUACAAGAAUUGAUCAACGAGAACGUGGACGAGGACUCCCCCAUCUCAGAGUCCAUAUGGAACAGCUUGUAGGUGGAGACAUUCGACAUUCCGGGCCUGGUCAAAAAGGAGGCACUAAAACGAUCAAAAGAGUCAAAACAGGCGAGCAGCUCGCUGGUCAAAGGCCUCCGAUUCGAAGCACGAUUUACCUGGCGCACCAAACACCAGAGCUACGGCGGAGGGGCCCGCAGAUGGCAACAACAGGAACCAGGUUCGCGAGCUAAGCCGAGACGGCCCUCGGUUGAAAACCGUCAACGGGUCUCCUCUCCAAAAAUGGGGCCGUCGAAUGGACGUCGAACUGCAGAUGGCGAGGAUCAAGGUCAAGCACCCCAUGUUGGUCGCCUCGAAUUUGCCAUGGAAGGUGAUAUUGGGAAUUGA